UUCGCUCCAUACCCCAAGGCGGCAAGGCGCACUCCACUCCGCUCGGCGCUCGCUCUCUUCUCUCUCUCUCUCUCUAGGGUUUCCGCCGCCGCGAUGAGCGCCGCCAGGCCGGACCACCGGCGCCACCACCCGCCGUUCCUGCGCGACCUCUCGUCCCCCAUAUCCUCGUCGUUGCGGUUGCCUCCGGCCUCGCUCCGGCGCGAGACACAGGCCUCCACUCCGCCGCCGCCUCCCCCGCUGCUCUCCCUCGAUGACCUCUCCCACCUCUCCCCUUCCCCGCAGCCGGCCACGCCUCCUCAGGCGACGAUGACCCCGUCGCCUCCGCCGCCGCGUGGCGCCGGCCUCUUCGCAUCCCCUCUGCGUUCCAACGGCUCGCCCGCGCCCUCGGCUUGGUGGUCCCCCUCGAUGGAAGAAAAGCCCAGGGAGGGAUCGCCGAUGGAUGGCGUCAUUCAGAACCAGCAGCAGUCCCCAACGACGCCGUCGGGGCAGCAGUCGCAGCAGCAGAAGGUUGCGCUGAUCACGCUGCCUCCACCCCGGGAGGUGGCGCGGCCAGAGAUGCCCAGGGAUUCGGCGCCUGCUGCUGGCCAGGUUGACGAGGAGGAGUGGGUCACCGUUUUCGGAUUUUCGCCUGGUGAUACUAACUUGGUGCUGCGAGAAUUUGAGAAAUGUGGGGUAGUCCUGAGACACGUGCCUGGUCCAAGGGAUGCGAACUGGAUGCAUAUCUUGUAUCAGAGCCGGCAUGGUGCACAGAAAGCACUUGCGAAACAUGGGCAGCAGUUAAACAGUGUUCUUAUUAUUGGGGUGAAGCCAGUGGAUACAUGGCAGCGACUGUACCUGAAUGAGAACACCAAUGAGAACUAUCAGGGCAGUGCAACAGUCCCAUUUCCAUCACAGCCUGUAGCACCAAGCAGCUUUGCGACGAGAAACUCACUAGCACCAUUGCCUGGCAACUCGAUGCCAAAUGGCAGCUGCAGUAAGAGCGGUCCUGGUGCCUCUGGAGCCAUUGCUUCACCUUCAAAGUCCGUCUUGUCCAAAGUCAUGGACUUGAUGUUUGGCCUUUAAGUUCCACUGUUAACUCAUAUGGUGGCUACCUUUUUUUGUUAUUUUGGCAAUUCUAGGCCAAAAUGAGGAUCACUUAUCAAUGUUACAUCGAUAUUUUUUGUCACUGGCUCGCAUUGGGUAUCAAUGCAAAGGUUGUGUAUCGUGUGGCACCUGACCGUGGUGCAAACUGUAAUAGGACUCGUGGUUGCAAAUGUUGGUGGAAUCGACUCAUUGGUGGAUGUUGGUGGAAUCAACUCAUUGGUGGCAAAUGUUCUGGUCUUCUGGAGCCAUUCUUCUCUGUGACAA